UCCGCAAGGAAGCAGAGGGCAAGUAACGCGAGGCAGCAGAGCGGAGAAGCGUGAAAAGGCGGGAUGACUCAGCUCGUGUCGCCGUCCGAAGUGGCCUUCCUCCUCCAGGGCGUGGCCCACAACCUGCGGUCCGACGGGCGGUCGCGGACGCAGCUGCGGCCGGUGGUGGUGGAGACGGGCCUUGUGUCGCAGGCAAACGGAUCGUCGCGUCUCCGUCGGGGCAACACCGAUGUGCUUGUCGGUGUCAAGCUCUCGGUAGGCGUCCCAGAUCUCGCCGCACCCAACACAGGCCGUGUCGAAGUCGCGGUUGAGUGCGCUCCGUCGGCCUCGCCGCUGUUUGAGGGGCGCGGCGCCCGCGAGGUCAACGCCGGCCUCGCUGCCGCUGCCGCAUCGUAUCUGGCCGCGCCCGGCGCGCUGGAUCUGGAGGCGCUCUGCAUCCGUCCGGACACGCACUGCUGGGUGGUCCACGUCGAUGCCGUCGUCCUGGACUCGGGCGGGAACGUGCUCGAUGCCGUGUGCGCCGCCGCCCGCGCUGCUCUGGCCAACACCACCCUCCCGCGCGUCUCCACCGUCCCGUCCGAGACGCCUGGCGAGUUUGAUCUCGAGGUCUCUGACGAUCCCGACGACGUCAUUGCUCUCGACGUCUCCCGCCUCCCGGUCUCGGUCACCCUCGCUCGACUCGGCGACUUUUACGUCGCUGACCCCACCCUCGAGGAGGAGGCCUGCCAGACCGCGGCGUUCACUGUGGGCGUCACUGCAGACGGCACCCUCUCUGGCGCAACUCUUUCUGGUGAUGGCGGCAUUCCGCCUGCCAUGCUCAUCGAGAUGUUCCAGGUCGCGCGCAAGCUCGGCAUGGCCCUCGUCGCAGACAUGAAUGACCUCGGCGAGCAGGAGGCCAAGCUCGACCGCGAUGUCGUCGGCUUCCUCGGCUAACUCCCCACUAAACACAAGCGCUCACCG